GAAAGCCUUUUGAAGCUGUGAAUAGAUUGUCUGUUUUGUUACUGCGGCCAAAGUAUUGAUAGCAGGAAAUUGUUACUCAUUUUCCCGAGACCAGUGUAGCCCGCCGGAAACACCUAGCCGGUGGGCCGUGCCAAAAAAAAAUCUUUGCGUGGGUCUGAACAUGACCCCUGGCACGUUGUUUCCUUUUGAAUUAUGGCGACCCCGACCAAACGUAGCAAUAUCAAACGGAUUGUUUUAUUAUUUUAUACUCUAGUAUCUGGUGAGAACGACGAAGCGGACAUGGCCAAGCUGCUGCUGGUACGCUGGUGUUGGGCGUGGAUACUGGUAGUUGGGGUGGGCGUGAAAGCUGCCACUGUUUACAUGGGAGAAACGCCCAUAAGGUGCCUAGCCAACGACACCAGCCAGUUCACCACAAAGUCGAGGAUCAUGUGCGCCCUCAUCUGUACCAUGCAUCAAGGAUUCACCUUCUCCUUCCAAGGUGGCGUGUGCACGGUGGGUGGAGCUGGUGAAGCAGUAGGAGCGACACACAUGAGGUACACGCUGACUAACAUACCAGAUUGCUCUGCCCUUCAAGAGGUCGCCCACGCCGGCAAGACCGCCUACGCUAGCACCAUUUUUGAUCUCGACUACCACCAGAGUAAAGCAAUAGACGCCGACCUGACCACCUGGUUUUCAUCGAUUGCUGGAGGGACGAGACCGUGGUGGAUGCUGGACCUGGCGAACGUCUUCUGCAUCUGCUGGAUCCAGCUCCUGCCCCGAGGGGCGCCCGAUGACUCUCCAUACUUCCGUGACAUAGAGGUACGCGUGGGCUCUACAAACGUUACCAAUGGAAACUUCAGCUCCUGGGCCCUGUACGCCACGUAUCCUGGACCAUAUUCCUAUGGCGGCGGCUACAUCGAUCUCCUUAAACCAGUGGGUGUCUGUGGCCGCUACGUCAGUGUCCAGAGAGUCGUAGAUAACUCGUACGGUCUCAAGCUCUUCGAUGUUAAUGUCUUUAUUUGUUAACUUAGCAAAAAUUACUAUCUUAAAGUGGAUAGGAUAGUCAUGGUUCAGAGUAAAUAUUUAUU